UCAGCCCCCGUCUACUCCGGGGUGGUGCUUAGUCGGCGCCAGACCGACCCUCGACUUCGGAGGGGCAGUGCCGUUCCUCUGGGCGCUCCCUCGGCGUCCGCUUCGGCUCCUUCAGCUUCCUCGGCCUCUUCAGCGUCCGCCGGGACCCGAGACCUCGGUGUAUGCCCCACCCCUGACCCCGCUAGAGAUAUGUCCACCCCGGCUCGGCGGCGCCUCAUGAGGGACUUCAAGAGGUUGCAGGAGGAUCCUCCGGCGGGAGUCAGCGGGGCUCCGUCCGAGAACAACAUAAUGGUUUGGAACGCGGUCAUUUUCGGGCCUGAAGGGACCCCGUUUGAGGAUGGAACAUUUAAGCUUACAAUAGAAUUCACCGAAGAAUAUCCAAAUAAGCCACCUACGGUUAGAUUUGUUUCUAAGAUGUUUCAUCCAAAUGUCUAUGCAGAUGGUAGUAUAUGUCUGGACAUACUUCAGAACCGCUGGAGUCCAACGUAUGAUGUGUCUUCCAUUUUAACAUCCAUACAGUCCCUAUUGGAUGAACCCAAUCCCAAUAGUCCAGCAAACAGCCAGGCUGCUCAGCUGUACCAGGAGAACAAGCGGGAAUAUGAGAAACGUGUUUCUGCAAUAGUAGAACAGAGCUGGCGUGACUGUUGACCCGGGUGCAGCAAAAGAAGAGGCUGGUCAUAAGAAAAAUAUAUAUUGAUGUGUUUGUCACCUUCCUAUUCCUCAGUGUCAUUACAUUACUUUAUUAAAAGCAAAAUAGCUGUC